CAUAAAAGUCAAGACGAGAAGCAAAACAUUCGACCGAAGUUGAUGCUUGGCAAAGAAGGCUACCCCCGAAAUGCGGAGCUCCGAGGAGGGAGACGGCGGAAAAUCCAUGGUCCGAAGCUCCGCUGUCGGAAGGACAGAAUGUCUCCGACCCGCUUGCGCAGAUGCAAUGCAAUGCACUGCUGCAAAGCAUCACCGAGGGGUAUAGCUUGGGUAAACAGGUGCAAUAUAAAGCAAUCUAUUGUCGGUGGCCACUUUCAGCCACUGUUAGCCCACUUGAAACUGUGUCUCCUACUCGACCCUAGCAGACUCAACCUCGAACAGAGCAAAUGGCCGACAGGAACGAGCUCACCACCCUCCUACCGGUCGACAUCAUGGAGAUGCAACUCUCGACCGUCGACCUCCUGACUGCUAUGUAUGCCUCGCCUGAGGAGCUAGAAAUUCCUGCUGCCACGGCUGAGUGUAUCGAUAAGCUGCGCGCCUGGUGCGAGGACCCCGCCACCGGCGCACCGUCGGGCAUCCCGUCUAGCAUCUCGCUCUACGUCUCGCUGCCCCUGGCGGACAGCGACAAGAGAUUCCAAGUCAACCUGACAAUCCCACUGCACGGCACUGAGCCGGACGCGGGGUUCGAUCAGCCCCCACCACCAAUCUACUCGCUGCGCCCGGAUUGGAUGUCCAAGGCUGAGGUGGCCCGGCUAGCGGCGGCCUUGCCGACAGAUGCGGACGUGUUCGAGGCGCUGACCUACAUCCAGGAGGAGGCGCUCCGCUUCCUGGACGCAUCCACAUCUCCGUCGGCUGCGUCGUCGCAAGCAACCGCCCACACUAGCGGUCCCCUAGUGAGAGUGUGGUUCUACUUCCCCUCCCUGUCCACGCGCGCCAAACGUGACGACCUGGUCAACCACGCGCCGGAGUACUCGCUCACGGGCUUCGUGCUGGCCGGAAAGCCCGGCGUGCUGUGUCUGGAGGGGGUGUCGGCGGAUAUCGAUGCGUAUAUGAAAUUCAUCAAGACGCAUUCGUGGGGUGAUAUCCCCAGCCACCAGAAGAAGGUCAGCGAGCGGUUCCGCGAGACUCAGGACGUGCAGCGCGUCUUCUCCGGAAUGGAGGAGAUCACGGACUCGUUGGGCGAACGGAGUGGGCAGAGGGCCAAUCGCGGCGAUAUGCAGGCGCUAGAGCAGUGGCUUCAGGCCCGGGGCCUUGGGGUGGCUUUUGAGAAGGUCAUUUUCUGAACGUCUCCGGUUGCCAGUGCCGGGUUGAGGCA